AUGAUGCGGGGGUCUUGUACAGCUUGGCAAUUGGCAUCGACGCGCGGUGGCAGUAAUUCAAGCUUGCUCACGACCUUCAUCGGCGAGUCAAUGCAUGGAGCUAGUUCAUGGUUGCUUGAAGAGGAGGCCACAGGCGACGAUGUGCUCCAAACCGAGCACACAGGAGCCACGGCUCCCGGGUCACCGCACUCGGUGAGUGGCACAAGCACAACGACCAUGGGAACCCUGCAGCCGACCGAGUCUCUCGGCUCCAAAAUGCACGAGGCGAAGCUUUGCCGACCUUGUGCUUGGUACUGGAGGCCUGGCAGCUGCUUGAGGGGAGCAGAGUGUCUCCACUGCCACCUUUGUGCAGAUGGGGAGCUGGGCAAGCGGAGGUUUGAGAAUCGCAAGUUGGCGAAGCUUCGCAAGAAGCAGAGUAAGGGAUCUCUUUAG